UGUGCAUUGAAAGACGCUGACAGACCAGAGAUCACUUGCUACAGCUGAGGUGUAGGGAGAACGGCUGAGAACGAUUAAUUAGAGAACCUGUCCUGUGCAUCACAGCAUCGCAGUAUGAUUACUCCAGGAAAAGAAGAUCUCAGACAUCAGCAGCAGCAGCAAUUUGCACGUCGAAUAGUCUCUCUCUCCAAUAGUGUUCCAAAGCCACUUCCAGGUGGUGUCCACUUGAAAGGUAACACACAUUUGGACAGUUGGCUGGAGAUAAAUCAUUUCAGAUGCCCCCGUAGAGAUGACAUCAAACCUGCACAGGAACAUCACAUACCAGCGCGUCCUACUGUUCACAGAAUAACAGUCGAUCUCCGGCCAAUACUAAGUCAGGUUACUGAUGAAUGUGAGGUGGACAUUUCCGACACAAACAGCAAAGUCAGUUCAGCUUCUACUUCUGAACUUUCAGAGAAACAAAUGAAAAGAAAAAAUGAAAGUGUUGAAACACAAUCUCCUCCACAAAGGAAUACUGGGGCAAUCAGAUUGUCUCUCCCUUCUAUAUCAAACUGUAAAACCCUUAAUGAGCAAUCCAGACCUGUGGAAAUAGAUAAAAGGAGAGCAAGUUUGGUGGCAGUAACAGAUGAAGGCACACUUACCUGUAAUCCAGAGCACAACCCCAAUGAUUCUCUUCUGGUUGCCUUCCCCAAAGUCAUAUUGAAACAAAUACCCCCACAGAUGAACGUUAAAGAGCAAAGGCCAUUACAAAAUCAGAUAAACACAUUUUGGGUGGAUGUGGAGAAACUGCAGCUCCCAAUGUCUGAACUAGUGAAAGUAGUCAAGGAGCGAACAGACAGCGGGCAACACACCAUGAUCGCCCAAGUGCUAUGCUCGCUUCGAGAAAGACAGAAGAAUGCCAUUCGACAAGAUGUUGGGGUUCUUAGAAGAACGUGUCAGGAGACUUUACAGAAAACACCACAUGAAGGUGGGGGUGUCAGACUCACCUGGAUGAAACGAAGCUAGAGAACCAUCAUACAAAGACAGAUAGUACUGGUUAUAUAUUUCAUUUAAAAUCAAGGGGGAGUUGUAUCAAGCUUUUCAAAGAGUGAAGCGGAUAAGUGAAGUUUCCUAUCGCAACUAAUCAGCUUCUAGCUAACAUUUAUCAAGUACAUUCUAGAAAAUUAUGUGUAGCAGCCGAUUGGUUGUGAUGUGGAACUCCUCCACUUGCACUCUUUAGAGGGUUUGAUAAAUCUCCCCCCAACUCUGGGCAAAUGUCACUUGCAAACGAUGGCCAGGUGAUCUACUGUGAGCUACUUGAACAAAUACUUGCCAAAGUUUAUUGAAUAUCUGGUUAGUCAAAUUCAGGUUUGAAAUACAUGAGAAACAGACCUACCUACAUGGUAUGCAAAUGCCCACUGUCAUGGAUUUAUAGUUAGCAUUCUUGAAAUGUCCUUUUCUGAAUAAAAGGAAUAUGCAAUGAU